AUGACGAUGCGAGCAUCAGGCUUCUCUGCUGCGAUCGUGGCAGCAGCCGUCGCUGUUGCUGUUGUUGUGGCGGUGGCGUGUGGCAGCAGUGCAGCUGCUGCGCCCGUGUCUGCACGCGUGAACACGGCUGCGCUGCUGCACCACGCACAGGGCGUGCAUGUGGCUGCAUCAGACUACCCGCCGCCGUUCUCUCGCUCCCUCAAGAAGGGCGACAGUGGCAACGACGUGGGCAUCUACCAGUUUCUGGUGUUCCGUGCACUGAACCUGACCUUCCCCAUCAACAACAAGUUUGACACGGCCACCGUCGAUGCCACGCGCACACUGCAGCGCAACAACAAGCUCGAAGUGACUGGCGAGAUGAACCUUGGGACCGCCAAGUUUGUCAUGAACAAGCUCACGCGCGACCACUAUGUGGAUGACGGCAAAACGGCUGAGUCGCAAGGGUACAAGUACAAGGUGGUCAUUGACGUGCAUCGCAACCGCAGCAUCGAGUCAAUUGGAAAGCUGUACGCCGGCAACGGCACGCUCUUGUUCACAUUCCCCGCGCGUCUGCACGGCUGGGACGCAUGCGACUGCGAGAAGCCCUGGCCGGACUUCAACAACUCCGAUGACGGCCUGACCAGCUUCGCUUCCGACGGCAACACCCCGACGGGCCUGAUGGAGUUUGAUCUCAACAGCCCGGAGCCCGUGCCCCGUCUCUACGGGCCCUACCCAGUUAACCGCGCUGUCAUGGGCCUCAAGGGCAACGCCAAGUUCCUCAUCCCCAACGUCCGCAAUGGCAUCCUCAUGCACACUGGUACUGUACCGCCUGAUCCCAUGCAACAACAACAACAACAACAACAACAACAACUUAUACAACACAACAACAACAACAACUUAUACAACACUUAA